AUGUCCUCCAUCAGGGAACGAGCCGCAGCGCUGCAGCUCGCGGAGAAGCUGCGCGCGCGGCCUCCAGUGGUGGACGAGGUGUGGCAGGAGCAGACGCUGCUCCGCCUGCUCAGCCUGGUGGAGCUCCCCCUGCUGGAGGGAGUCCUGCACUGCAGCCAGAGUCCAGCGUCAUCGUCUCCAUCGUCCAACCGGCUGCUUCACGGCAACCCGGACCUGAUCUACAGCAGCAACCACCUGGACAGGCAGAUCCUCAGAGCCUUCAGGGACUCCCAGGACGACGAGCUGCUCUGUGCGGCUCUCGACUGUCUGGACUUCCUUCCCGACCAGCCGGUGGUGGAGCUGAGCCGAGAGCUGCCUCAGUGUUUCCCCCCAGACGGCGAGAUCGCAGCAGGAAGCGGCGUCCAGCAGGGAGGCGAGUAGAAUGACGAGCAGCGCCGUCUGUCCCUCGCCGGCUUGGUUCAGUGUAAACUUCUGCUGUACGACACUCUGGCGAAGCACUACGGCAACGCCAACAGGCCUCCGCUGCUGCCCAACAGCAUGAGCGACGUCUACAGCGCCAUCAUCGACCUGCUGGUGAAUGCCCGGUUGGGUCGGGCUCUGGAGGCUCUGCAGCUUUGCCUGAAGCUGCUGCCGAUCGGCUGCAGGGACGAGCUGCGACGGCUGCUUACGUUCAUGUCUCUGGCAGCGGAUCCACAGCAGAUGAAAGUGGACAAAGAGAUGGAGAACAGGCUGGCGGUGAAGAAGUCCUUCUCCAGGGCCGUCCUCCACAGCAAGGCUUUCUCCAAGGACAAGGAGGACCUCAUGGUGGUCUUCAUGCUGAGCAACGUUAAAGAAAUCUUCAAGAUACCAGGAGCUCUGCACAAAGGAGUGAGCGACAAGCUGGCUGUCCUGGUUCAGGGGAGACAGCCCGACGUCACAGGUUCUACGUUCUGCCUGCAGGUUCCCCACCGGGCUCACACUGAGUCCACAAAGAGAACCACCAACCAGGAGCUGUGGAACCUCAUCAACAGCAUCCACCUGGACUCCAAGAUCUCGGCCAAGGAGAGGAAGCGUCUGCUGAGGCAGUUCAACCGAAGCCACCCCGAGAUCUUCCAGCAGUACUUUGGAGACGCUGCCGUCGGCCAGCUGUAG